AAUAACGUGAUUUAGAAUUUCACACAAGAAAGCUUUUGGUAAAUAAAGACCAAUCAAAACGUGUGGAAGUGGGAAACUCUUUUCACGCCACUUCGAUACCGAAGUGACUUUUUGUUACUCUCAUAAGCUGCUACAAAAAAUCACUUUGUAUUGAAGUGAAAAGAGUGUGUGAAAGUGGAGUCAUUUUCGAGUCAUCCACUAAGGAGGCAGCCCUAUGACGUUUCCACAGUUUCUUACGGGAAGUGGUGAGUGAGAUGCCACGCCUCUGCGCGAAGAAUGUCAGUGUCAGAUUGAAACGAGUACAGGGUACACACAUUUUUCAUAACACCAAUUAUAAAGCUUUAAAAAUGGCAUAUCAUACAGGUAGUCCGUAUAGAGGACAACCUCAACAACAACAACAACAACAAUACAACAACGCAGCGCCAGCGCCGGAUCAAGGUUUUCUUUGGAAUAUAUUUCAGAGAGUGGACAAGGACAGGAGCUGUGUGAUAUCAGACACAGAGCUCCAGCAGGCCUUAUCGAACGGUACAUGGACACCUUUCAACCCAGUGACAGUCCGAUCAAUCAUAUCCAUGUUUGACAGGGAGAACAAAGGAGGGGUGAACUUCAACGAGUUUGCCGGAGUGUGGAAGUACAUCACGGACUGGCAGAACAUCUUCCGCACCUACGACAGAGACAACUCGGGCUUCAUCGACAAGAACGAGCUUAAGCAAGCACUGACUGGAUUCGGUGAGCAAAGGUAUCGCCUCUCAGACCAGUUCUACAAUACUCUCAUAGAGAAGUUUGACAGGCAGAGGAAGGGACAAGUGGCCUUUGAUGACUUCAUCCAGUGUUGUAUUGUUCUACAGAGGUUGACCGACGUGUUCAGGAGGUACGACACAGACCAAGACGGCUGGAUCCAGGUUUCCUAUGAACAGUAUCUAUCCAUGGUUUUCAACGUUGUAUAGUAGAUCCAACAGCACAACUGGACACAACUGUGCCAAAGCCAAAUCCUUCCCACCUCCACGUGUCUUCCUUGAUCAAGAUGACUGGGACUCUGGGAUAGGAUAUAAAGACAUUAUGUUCUGUCUGUCAUUGUUCAUAAUGUUUGUUUAAUGUCUGAAUCUUAUCUUAAUAAUGAAUAUCUGUGUUUAAGGUAAACCUGCAUUGUACAUAUCAUUUAGGACAAAUAAUUGCAUGCUUCUGUGGGACUUUUGCCAAUGUUCAAAGCAUACACUCUUAAUCUCAGAUCUAUUUUGCUGAAGUCAUGUUUACAAAUACUGUGAAAGCAGGUUAUGGUUGGGCACAAAGCCUGCUUUUAGAUUCACUGACAUGCCAGCUAACGCCAUAUUUGUAAAGACAUAUUUUUAACCAGCAAAUCUAUAAAAAAGUUAGCCUGUUUAUUAUUUUAGGGAGAAGAAGAGUACGCUUUUGUAUCGUUUAUUUUUUUGUGUGCAUGAUGCCUUAAACUGUAUAAAUGCAAGAGGAACCUCUUUUAUUAAAAAAAGAAACCUGA